UUACUCUGGGCGCAAUUGGUUUGCCGCCGCUGGAGGGACGUCAUUCAGGAUUCCCCGGCGCUUCAAGAAGCCUGCUGGUAUCAGUACCUCGGCGAGAAGUUGCCCGAUGGAAUUGGACAGCACCCAGCUGCAUGGAGGCUGAACCCAGUCUUCAACCUGCUGGGGGUCACGAUUGGGAGCGACCAGCCGGGGCUUUCGCCGGAGCAUGGGGAUUUCGACUUGACGAAGCGCGUCCAUGAUAAACCCGAGUCGUGGACGACGAUGCAUGCUACACAACCUCCCUGCCAGCUGAUGGAAAUUCAGUGCUACGGCGACCACUCUGGGGACGAGACAAUGUACUCUAUUAUUCAGUCUACGACUGGCCGCCUCCUUCUGGGCGAUGUCAUGGCUGUACUAGCUGAGUGCCAGAAUCGGAUGGAAUGUGGUGUUGACCGCUGGGCUGGUGUCGUGCAUUAUAGGGGCCGGCUCUUUCCCACCACAGAAAGAGAUUAUGUCCAGGACGAGAACUACCUGUCAAUCCUGCAGGCAAUGGCCGAUGACGUUUCAAUCAAGGUUGUGGUCGGGCAGGCUUGGGGUUCGGGCGAGUUUCAUGCCUUCUCACUUCGGCGUCUUCACCCGCCCGUGAAGCGUGUUGCAUGUGAUGCACACGUUCCUGCCAGCUAUGUGAACAUUUUGUAUGAGCUGGUAGCGCACGACAUGGUAUGGGGUGGGGUUGAAUACAAGUGGGAUGUGGCUGGCCAUGGUCCUCUCAGAGAAAGGCAUCGUGUCGGCAAAACAGAGGCGUAUCACGCAAAUUUGCUGGCUGCGAGGGGUCAUGAAGGGGACGGGAAUACUUGA